AUGACCUUCUCCAGAGAAGGUUUCGGGAUGUCCACCCCGGUGACGGUGGCAGGGAAGGUGUUCCUGAUCUUCUAUGGUCUCCUUGGUUGCGCCGCCACCAUCUUGUUCUUUAACCUCUUCCUGGAACGCAUUAUCACCCUCCUGGCCGUGGUAAUGAAGGCCGUGAGGGAACGGCGCAUCCGGAACUCCGGCCUCCUCCCGCCGGGUAUCCGCCAUGACUUCUCGGCGUGUUCGUUCCCGGGGUGGAAGCCGUCGGUCUACCACGUCAUGUUGAUCCUGGGGCUGUCUGCCAUCAUCAUCUCCUGCUGCGCCUCAGCCAUGUACACCCCUGUGGAGGGAUGGGCCUACCUGGACUCACUCUACUUCUGUUUCGUCACAUUUAGCACCAUUGGCUUCGGGGACCUAGUAUCAAGCCAGAGAGCGGACUAUGAGUACCAGCCGCUGUACCGUCUGGCUAACUGCCUGUUCAUCCUCAUGGGCGUCUGCUGCAUCUACUCUCUGUUCAACGUCAUCUCCAUCGUCAUCAAACAGGUGCUCAACUGGAUGCUUCAGAACCUGUGCUGCCAGCGGUGCAACAUCAGGUCAAACUCUUUCCCGUUGGGACGCCGCAACGCCAUCCGGCCCGGAUCGAGAAUCCGUAAGGGCCGCUUUGGAAUCAGACGCCCGCCCGACUCUGGGGAUUCGGGACCCUGCGACAGCGACACAGAGGGGGGAGGACGCAGACUCUCUGGAGAGAUGAUUUCAAUGAAGGACCUGACAGCCUCGAAUAAGGUCUCACUGGCCCUCAUGCAGAAGCAGUUAUCAGAGUCCGCUAACGGUUAUCCCAGGACGGUGUGCGGCGGCUCGAGACAUAACGGGUUCUCUGGAGGAGUGGGCGCUCUGGGGAUCAUGAACAACAGACUGGCAGAGACCAGCAACUCCAGGUAGACCUGUGUAGUGUUUCUCAACUUCUGGUCCAUGGACAGGCGCUGGUCCGUGAGAUGUGGACUUUCGGUCGGUGAGAUGAUUGACUGACUUAAUGUUUGCAGUCCCCCACGGAGUAAAGACCAUAGCUUGUCAGUCUCUGACACAAGAGAGACCAUAACCUGCUGGUCUCUAAGAUAAUAAAAAGGUUGGUAUGAAAGGUUGAGAAACACUGGAGUAGACCCCUGCAGGGUGGUAGAGAAUGUGCUUAAGGAGACUGAGACUGAUGGGGAGAGAAACUGAGAGGAGUUUUAUGGUCUUAUGUGAUUAACUUUAUGUGCUAUCACUCUUGUCAUACUUGAUUAUGUCUUGUUGUUCAAUGGAAGAGCAUAAUGAUAUGCAUGAAACUGUUGGACAUUUUUGGGGAUGGAAUCAACAUCCUGUGAUGAUGAUGAUGAUGAUGAUGAUGAUGAUGAUGAUGAUGAUGAUGAUGAUGAUGAUGGGACAGUUGGAAUGAUACUAUGGGAAGAUAAGGAACCUUCUUGUAACUGUGCUUUUGAAGGUCAAAACACUUGAGACAACCAUGGAAGGAAUUAGUAUAACAUGAGGCCAUAAGCCCACAUAUUGCUCUCUCUGACUCUAAGCCAGAAAGAACAUUUUCACUGAUAUACCAUUGGCAAUCUUCAAAAUAUUUAGUUAGCCAUACCUGAGUAAAUCUCUGAGGCUGUGAGUAUCAAAAGUCUCAGAGGAAUUAGUUAGCCAUAUGUAGCAAAUGUCUCAGAUAAGAAGUGCUGAUCUAGGAUCAGUUUAGCCUUUUAGAUCAAAUUGAAUACAAUGAACAGGAGGGACCUGAUUCUAGAUCAGCACUCCUUCUCCAAGAUGCUUGAUAUAUACUAUAUAUAUAGUUUGACUUCUACAGCAUACUGUACUCGAAGAGGCAACUCUGUGCGAUCAUGAUGACAUUAUCAUCAUGAGCACUUUGGAGCUAUUUCACUAAGUAUGUCAUUUAUAAGUAGGUUUGAAUGUAUAGGUUGAGUUGGUGCUGUACCUAUCAUUCAACACAAAGAUAACUACAGUAUGAUAUAGCACAUAUAUAGCUAUGCCAUCCAUGUCUCAUUGUGAAGAACAAUAGGAACUCAUCAACAUAUCAGAUCCAUUUACAGACCAGGCCUGAAGUAUGGAAGCUGAACCAUAGAGAGAGCAAACGUGACCUUAGUGAUAGCAAACCUAGUCUCUACCAUAGAAAUAGAAUGACUAGAAUGAACAUUCAAGCCAUUCAUGUCAAUGUUCUGUGAUGUAUGGACCGGCACCCAUAUUGAUUGUGCCUAUGCGAGGAAGCACAAGCAACAAGUCAUAAUAUUACAAUGGUCUCCACCAAUCAUCUUGUACUCCUCUAAUCUUAAACUCAGGUGACUGAUUAUUGUGGGGGAAGAGGAGACCGGUUCAGCACGUCCCAAAUCGCUUGUAAGGUGGAAGCAAUAUGGUGGAAGCUCCAACACUAUACUGCUUAUACCUGCCCAGACCCUUCGGAUAGAUCUGCAAAUGUUGAGGGGUUAGGGACAAGGGGGAAGGGGGCUGGCUGGUGUUGUAUCGGGUUGAUGCUACUGCUGUAGUGUGUGAUGUAGCCUGCAACUCCAGCUCAGUUAUGUCAGUCAGUCAGUUCAGUGAGCUCCUAGUUAGAGAUUCAGCACGGAGCCUGACUGUAGGGCUUCAAACAGUCAUUUCCUAUUUCUCAAGAUGGACGAGUGCAGAGAAGAGAG